AUGCUAGAAGAAACCGAUGGAGAGUCCUUACUAACGAGUCUGUGGAGGUGUUUUUGGCAACGGGGUAAGGCGGGAGAGAACGAAUGUGUGAAAGAGGAAAAAUCGGAAUCGUCAGCGACAGCUUGUUUUCGCUCAAGGGCGAGAUGGCUCAAGUGGUUAGAGCGCGAAUUCACUGUCCGGAAGGUCCGUGGUUCGAACCCAACCUCUCCCACUCGACUUCCCCUGUCUAGGCUUGGGCAACCUGGCAGUAUCCCAGCCCUCAUGCAACUUUUGGGUGGCAUGGCAGUUAGGCACCGAAAGGGUGCUACAGCUGAACGAUUUUUUUCUUGUCUUCGCUGCGUGCAGCGUAACAAUAGUGGCGAUCGCUUUUGGACUUUGCCAAAUGCAGCUAACCGAAUGGACCAGUUAAUCGGUCGGAAACAUACAGCACAACUGUUAUCCAUAAUUGGGAUCGUUUGCGGAAUUUUGUGUCUAAUUACCGGUGUUUGCGUUAUAUUUACUUGGGCCUUCGUACCUGACUUCUCCCGCCUGUAUCCCGUGGGUCUGUAUGCCGGAGCCGUAGUUUCUGCCUUGGGUGCUUGCUUCCUCUUACUCAGCGUGGUGAGCCUAUGCCUUUGGCAACGGGUAUUGAAACGUACGGCUACACGUAUACGCUCCUCACUGUCCAUCCAAAAACAAGAGACGUCACGAAAAGUGGGCAACGUUUGUCAGCUGCCCACAUGCCAUUCAAUCUUCGAAGAGGAUGAAUGCGAACGUUUGGGCUCAUUGAAGAAAGCCAGUUCAACAGCUUAUAUCUCCCUCGGGUCUGUGCAAUCCGAAAGGCUCAAACUGGUUGGGGUCAUCAAGGGUACCAUUUCAACCACUGAACUGGACCGCUCAAUUCGUGCUUCCACUACUCCUCGUGAUCCAAUAUGCUCUUCUUCCGUGCCGACAAGAUCCGCCACUGUGCUCUUCCAUGGUGACAGUAAACCUGUGUUUACUCGAUACGCCGUGAGUAGUGGCAAACAACCCAUUAUGCGAGAUAAAUGUCUUCGACGAUCACUACCUCGUGUCCUUAUACAAACUCCGAACGGAAAGGGUACCCAGUCUCAUGACAGAUCGAACUCAGAACGACUUGCCAAGGCAAGAUCCGAAGGUCUCAAACUGGACUCACUCAAUCAGACCAGCCCAGAAAACGACUCGGAAUGUAAUGGAGUGAACGUAGAUGUGGAUGAAGAAAGCACCUCGCCCACACCGGUCUCUAGUGCUGGCGGUCGACUGUUAACACGCGUAUCAACAACUCCGCCAGUUGGACAAGCCAGCCUGUUUAACCUCAACCACAACACCACCCCAACGACAUUUGGCACAAACAACACGCCGCCGACUGAUGGUGUCUCGUCGCCAACCAAACUCAAACACUCCUCAAGAUCCAGCCUGGAUCGGUCUGGAAAGCGUUACUUACUGAUGAAUCAAUCUGGUGACGUCAUCUCGUGUACGACUUUGUUUGGUGGAGAAGAGGCGGAUGAUGAACCGUCAGUCGGUCCUGCUUCCACCACCAACUGCCGACGCUUACAGGCGUGUGCCGGUUGGAAUUUCUUUCCGGUAUUCGUGCAACAAGACCCAUACGACGACUCAAUUCGGAGCGAUGAUGACGAGAAUCGAGUACGACAUCGCACAACAAGCUAUUCGCCUCAUACGACAAGUCUUUAUCCUAGUCACUUGCGCACCAGCUCAGAUACUUCGGCUCCGAUGGAGCAGCAGCAGCAUCAACAACACUAUUUCGGUUGGUUCACUCGAAUUCGACGCUUUGUGCGUGAGCGGUUAAAAAUAGGAAGGCGGACGACACAAGCACCUUUGCCGGAUGAAUUUGGAUGUGAAGGGGGCCAAACUGUUUUGCUGGCUAGGUCAGCGGAAGAAAUAACGGAACGGAAGCGACGAAAUGUAUGUCGGGCGCCGAAAACGGACGCAAAGGCAAACACAAACGAAAUGGACGGUCUUCCGGUAACUGACGAAUCCACUCGACAACAAGGCCUGGACGAAAUGACCGGCUCCUGUAGUUUGAAGGGUCGCAAGCAAACAGUUAUCAGUAAUGCGUCUGUUUUCUCAUUACCAGCCAUUGCACCGGAGCUGUGGGCAGCCGAGCGACCCGUGUGGAUUAUGGGAGUACCGGUGGAUGAUACACACUGGGUUGCUCUGGACACAUGUGAUCUCAUAUUCAUGAAAGAAGAGGACCGAGUAGGCUCAGCAGACUCAGUGAAACCCGUCACUGGAUCAACGUCUUCCAUAUACGCCUUUCAUGUGAAACCUCCGUCCCGGCUGAAACCAGCACGUCGAAUUCCACGGACACGCUGUGGUCGAGCUCGUUCAUUAGGUCGCAUUUUACUGUCAGAGAAGCAGUCUGUGCAACCGCCUUGA